AUGGGAUAUUUUUCUUUCUUGAAAGGACAUAGCAAUACAAAAAAAGAAAAAUACACUCCUCCCUUUCCAUUUUCACACCUCCUUUCGCCCCCUCUUCCUUUCUCUAGACUUCUUACUUCCUAUCUUUCAACUCCCCCAUUCCCACUUUCUCUCUUUUUCUUACCUCCUACCUUUACUCCUUCUCACCUCUUUUCUCCUUCCUCUAGACUAGAGAUAUUACCUCCUACCUUUCCUUCUUCACACAGCCUUUCCCCUCACUCCUACAGUUUUCUAAUCUCCUACUUUUCCUCCUUCACGCCUUCGUUUUUUUUACCCUUCCUCCUUUCCAUCGCUUUAUUACCUGCUACCUUUCCUCCUCCUUUCGGGUCUCUUAACAUCAUACAUAUCUCCGUUCAAAAUUAUCUAUCUAUCUAUCUAUCUAUCUAUCUAUCUAUCUAUCUAUCUAUCUAUCUAUCUAUGUUAGUCUCUUCAAAUAUAUCUUUCUCAGUCUGUUCAAAUCUAUCUAUCUAUCUAUCUAUCUAUCUAUCUAUGUCAGUUUCUUCAAAUAUAUAUUUCUCAGUCUGUUCAAUACUAUCUAUCUAUCUAUCUAUCUAUCUAUCUAUCUAUCUAUCUAUCUAUCUAUCUAUGUCAGUUUCUUCAAAUAUAUCUUUCUCAGUCUGUUCAAUUCUAUCUAUCUAUCUAUCUAUCUAUCUAUCUAUCUAUCUAUCUAUCUAUCUAUCUAUCUAUCUCAGCUGUCCUUGGCGACCUUUUGCGGAACCUUCGAGUGGAGAAUCGCUGUUUUAA